CUUAAGCCCAGACUUUUCUUGAGAAAAGGGAAAGCCUGAGUUCUUAAAACAAAUCUAUGCUAAAGCCAGUCACAUUUUUAUCUAGUGAGAGCAGCUUUGAACUCUUUCAAAAUCAUCAAAAUUCACAUUAUAUUAGGCAUCGUGGAUAUGAAUUCUUUCGAUUCAAAUCCGGCCACCAACAGCUUGAUCAGCUCUGAAGCAGAUUCUCAAAGAACACUGUAUCCGUACGUGACAGGGACUUCAGUGGUUGGCAUCAAAUACAAGGAUGGUAUACUAUUGGCCGCCGAUAUGGGAGGUUCUUAUGGAUCUACAUUGCGUUACAAGAGUGUUGAACGAUUGAAGCCUGUGGGAAAACAUUCUCUCAUUGGAGCGAGCGGUGAAAUCAGUGAUUUUCAGGAAAUAAUGCGUUAUCUUGAUGAUCUUAUCUUGUCUGAUAACAUGUGGGAUGAUGGGAAUUCACUGGGUCCUAAAGAGGUGCACAACUAUCUAACCCGGGUCAUGUAUAAUCGCCGCAAUAAGUUCAACCCUCUCUGGAAUUCACUUGUACUGGGAGGGGUGAAAAAUGGUCAGAAAUAUCUUGGAACGGUCAGUAUGAUUGGUGUUCAUUAUGAGGACAACCAUGUGGCUACUGGGUUUGGUAAUCACCUUGCACGACCUCUUCUCCGUGAUGAAUGGCGUGAGAACUUGACGUUUGAAGAAGGUGUCAUACUGCUGGAAAAAUGCAUGCGCGUGCUUCUGUAUCGCGAUAGAUCGGCUGUCAACAAACUUCAGAUUGCAAAAAUCACAGAAGAGGGAGUAACAAUUUCUCCCCCCUAUUCAUUGAAGACUUUUUGGAAUUUCUCUGCUUUCGAGAAUCCUACCCUUGGCGCUGAGGGCUCAUGGUAGCUCAGACAGUUUCUAAAUAUGUGACAUUUUAUUCAAUUUCAUUUGAUCACAUGUUUGAAACUUAGACCAGUAACCCCUUUGUAUUUGCUAUUUCAUCGGCCUUGGGAACCCUUUGGAUAUCUUCCUGUUUAUUACAUCCACAAACUGGAGCUAUGUUAUUCUGAGCCAUUGGCUUUUUACAGUGUUUUCCC